AAGCGACUGCGAGGAGCCAGAUGCCGACUGUGAGCCGCUGCCUGUGGAUAUCGCGGAUGCCAGUGCAGGCGAGAGCUAGUGGAGAGACAGACCCAUUUACACUCAGCCAAGGCGAAUAACGGAAGGGGAGGCAGUGGAAGAGAUAAGGAGAGGAGGUUUUUCAGAGUGGUUUUCAGCUUCGGAAGAGGAGCUAUGAUAGCAGAGGAGGACUCGGAAUUUUGAGCACCACGAGAGGAAGAAAAAAACGCGUUAUCCAGUUCUGCUGCGGCUAGUGAGCGCAUUCUCUGCUCGGUUUGGAAUAGCCUACAGUGUGUUUACAUGAGACCAUGGAGAUACGGCUUGGAUUUAUCAAACGCCACUUCGACAGUUUGUGAAAAAAAUUGGACCUUCAUUUUUCAACGGCAUUUUACUCUCUUUUUAUUCGUUGGGAUUGUGUUUUUUAGUGUAUUUUUUCCGUUGGCAUAUUUUUUGUUUUAUCUAUGGUGUUUUAUUAUUUAUGUCGUCUUUUCCUUCUUUCCCAAUUUCUUAUUUUUGUAUUAAUCGGUUUUGGAGGAGAGCUCGGAGUGAAGAUUUGUGGAGAGAAGAUGCUGCGCUGCUCGUGUGAAUGAUAUACUCUCUCCCCAACUGAGACGUGCCAUGGAUGGAAAACUUCAUUUGCAUCUACGAAACCGAUCGGGAAAUAUCCGUUGCAUCGAAUAACUACUGCUGACAUCGAUCAGGACGAAUGACAUAGGAUGAACACUGCUGGAGGGGUGUGUCUGUGUGUGCUGUCGUCCCUCUUUGCUGUGGCCUGGGCCGUAGCUGCUUUAGUUCCUCCAGCUCCUCUCUCUGCCCUGGCCGCUGCCUAUGGGUCAGCCAGUGGCGUCUCUCCCGGGGAGGUAGAGGGGGGCAGCCUCCCCUCCCCAUGCUCCAGCCUGGUAGCCGGGAUACUGUAUGGGUCUUUCUCUCUGAGAGAGCUGUUCCCGUCGCAGGUGCUGGGCUGUUCCUGGUCGUUGGAGAACCCAGAUCCCACCAAGUACUCCCUCUAUCUCCGAUUCACCCGCCAUCCCUCCAUCUGUCAAUCACACUACCCCAUGCUCCUCCCCCUCGACCAUCAUCUAGCCAAUCAGAGCUGUCCGCUGGAUCUACAGACGCCACCUCAAGACCAGGAAGUGAUAGACCUUUGUGGCAGGCAAUUACAAUCAGAAGGACCUUAUUCAUUUUUGCAGUUCGACAAGAACUUUGUGCAGCUGUGCCUAUCGAGACUACCAACAGCCGAUGAACCGCCGGUAACCAAGGAAACACUAGAACUCCGGCUGGUCGAGGUUUUGCUGAUCAACAACGAGAACUCCAGUCAGUUCACCUGUGGAGUACUCUGCCGAUGGUUCGAGGAGUGCCUACGCAAUGGUCGUCAUGGAGAAGCUGAUGUUGCCGACGGCGACGGUUGUAGAGUUACGCAGACGGGUUGUGUGUGUCCUAACAGCAAUGUAGUCAUGGCUCAGCCUGUACCCCUUCUCCCGGCAACGCCCCAUAGCAACGGAUCGCUGUUACCUGAGAAUUGCUGCGUCACAGAGCUGCACCAUAACAACGCCAUCGCCAUAGCGCCCAGGGACGUCAGACACGACCCAGAUGAUGAUGACCUGAAGGUGAAGACACAGAGACCCAGAUCAGCAGACCAGCCAGGUGUGUUUCAGGCACAGACAGGUGACCCUGCGGCGGAGGAGUGGUCUCAGUGGAGUGUGUGCUCGUUAACGUGUGGUCAGGGUUGGCAGGUGCGGACGCGCUCGUGUGUGUCCUCUCCCUACGGAACCCUGUGUAGCGGCGCUCUGAGAGAGACACGUAUGUGUAACAAUACAGACACCUGUCCCGGUGACCCAGCACUGAGCUCAGUGCAUGGGCUGUGGGAGGAGUGGUCGUCAUGGAGCCUGUGUUCUGUCACGUGUGGGCGGGGCUCCAGGACCCGAACCAGAAACUGUGAGAGCGGAGGAGGGGCCAAGCUCUGUGGAGGGCCUGAGAAACAGACAAAACUCUGCAACAUAGCAGUUUGUCCCGUGGAGGGCCAGUGGUUGGACUGGGCUCCGUGGUCUAGGUGCAGUGAAACCUGUUCCACAGGGAGCCAGCAGAGACAGAGGAGGUGUAGUGCAUCGGUGCACGGCUGGGCAGAGUGUAAAGGACCACACCAGGAGACCAGGGAGUGUACCAACCCAUCUUGUGGUGGUGGGGGUAACUGGGGCAGCUGGAACCACUGGAGUCUGUGCAGUAAAACGUGUGACUCAGGGUGGCAGCGUCGCUUCAGGAUGUGUGAGGGGACAGGGAUACAAGGUUACCCCUGUGAUGGCUCCGGAGAGGAGGUCCGCUCCUGCAACGACAAGAAGUGCCCCGCACCUCAUGAGAUCUGUAGAGAUGAGUACCUUGUAAACAUGACCUGGAAAAGAGCCUCGGCUGGAGAAACAGUCUACAACAAGUGUCCGACUAACGCCACUGGAUCUGCUAGUCGUCGUUGCUUGCUGGACGCUAAUGGAGUUGCUUACUGGGGUCCUCCGAGCUUCGCCAGAUGCGUCUCGAUGGAAUUCAGAUAUUUACAUUUAUCUUUGCGAGAGCAUCUUGCGAAGGGUCAGAGGACCCUGGCUGGAGAGGGCAUGUCUCAGGUCGUGAGGAAUCUCCUGGAGCUCUUACAGAGGAGGAGCUAUUACAGCGGUGACCUCCUGUUCUCCACGGAGAUUCUCCGAAAUGUGACGGACACCUUCAAGAGAGCAACCUACAUCCCAGCUCCCGACGACACACAGAAAUUCUUCCAGGUAGUCAGCUAUAUGUUGGACAUGGAAAACCUAGAGAAGUGGGAAGACGCUCAUCAGGUUUCUCCUGGUACGGCCCAUCUCAUGCGUAUAUUGGAGGACUUUAUCCAUCUGAUUGGAGAGGAUCAGAAACCCUUCCAGAGUUUCCUGGUGGUCACCAACAACCUCAUGAUUACAAUACAGCGAGAGCCCGUGACAGCGGUCUCCAGUGACAUCAACUUCCCCAUGAAGGGCAGGAGGGGAAUGAAGGACUGGGCUCGUUCCGCAGAAGACAAACUCUACAUCCCCAAAGAGGUCUUCACCCUGACCUCUGAAGAAACAGAAACGGAGACCUCGUAUUUUGUCAUCGGAGCCAUCCUUUAUCGAACCUUAGGAGUCAUCCUUCCUGCCCCCAAAGCCCCUGCUGUGAUCAACUCUAAGAUUCUGACGGUGACAGUCCGACCAGAACCCAAACCCAGUGAACCCAUGGUGGUGGUGGAGCUGUCCCCACUGCUCAAUGGCACAUCAGAUCCUCAGUGUGUUGUCUGGGACUAUGGGAACCUGGAAGCUGGCGCUGAGAACUGGGACACAGAAGGCUGCCAAACGCUCGCUUCUGCCGCUGUCCACACCAAAUGCCUUUGCAGCAGGAUCUCCACCUACGCCAUACUAGCGCAGCAAGCUAAAGACCCGGACAUGGGUCCAUCCAGUAUGCCCUCUGUUCCCCUCCUGGUGGGCUGUGGGGUCUCCUGCAGCGCUCUGCUCAUCCUGCUGCUCAUCUAUGUUGCUUUCUGGAGGUAUAUUCGUUCGGAAAGGUCUAUCAUAUUGGUUAAUUUCUGUCUCUCCAUCCUGGCAUCCAACAUGUUGAUACUGGUUGGACAGUCCCAGACACUCAGCAAGGGCCUGUGUACUGUGACUGCUGCAUUCCUUCAUUUCUUCUUCUUGGCAUCCUUCUGCUGGGUACUGACAGAGGCGUGGCAGUCUUACCUGGCUGUGAUUGGCAAGAUGAGGACACGCCUCAUACGUAAACGCUUCCUGUGCCUGGGCUGGGGUCUCCCAGCCCUGGUGGUUGCUGUGUCAGUAGGUUUCACUAGAGCCAGAGGUUACGGUACACCCAGCUAUUGCUGGCUGUCCUUGGAAGGCGGGCUUCUCUACGCAUUUGUCGGACCUGCAGCUGUCAUCGUAUUGAUGAACAUGCUGAUCGGUAUUGUGGUCUUCAACAAGCUCAUGUCUCGAGAUGGCAUCUCUGACAAGUCUAAAAAGCAGAGAGCUGGUCCACCGGUUGAGGCGUCGCGUAGCAGACUGCUCCUGAAAUGCUCCAAGUGUGGUGUGAUCUCAAGUACAGCUCUCUCCAGCUCUACUGCCAGCAACGCCAUGGCAUCUCUCUGGAGUUCCUGUGUAGUUCUCCCUCUGCUUGCUCUGACCUGGAUGUCUGCUGUGUUGGCCAUCACCGACCGCCGCUCCACACUAUUCCAGGUUCUGUUUGCUGUCUUUGACUCUGUCCAGGGUUUUGUCAUCAUUACUGUCCACUGUGCCAUGCGCCGCGAGGUUCAGGACGCAGUGCGCUGUCGGAUGGGGGGAUGUAAAGACGACAGUGAGAACUCACCGGACUCAUGCAAGAACGGACAGGUGCAGAUCAUGUCGGACUUUGAAAAAGAUGUGGACCUGGCAUGUCAAACAGAGAGAGGACACCCAUUCAUCUUCAAGGAAGUUAACACCUGUAACCCAGCAACCAUCACUGGGACCCUCUCCCGUAUCUCCCUUGAUGAAGAGGAUGACCCCAAGCUGGCGGCCCACCAGGAGGGGGGCCUAGGGGUCAACUUCAGCUCCCUCCCUGGAAACAUCCCCCCUCCCAACCUACUCGUCCAGGUGCCCCCGCUGGGUGUUCUGAACGAGCUGAGUGACACCCCUGUGAAAAAGGAGGUGAACAUGGAGCAGCAGAUGCACCAGGGGAACCCCAGGAACACGGCGCCUGUCUACCUGUGCACCGAGAGUGGGAUGGGCUGGUCUCGACCGCCCCCUCCUCCCAACACUCUGGAUGGACCUUGUGGGGGAGGGGAGGGGGGACUAUAUGGUGUUACCCCGUAG